UUGACCCUACCCUAGAGCAAGUUUGAUGGGGUUGGUGGCCUUUGUUCCUUCUCUUCUGUUACAAGUUUGUCCCCACUUGCCUUAUCCUUGUAAAUACCUUCCUGCAACGACCUCGACCUUUAACAGAUACAAUGGACAUCUGAUUCUCCGCAACGACCAUUCUCAUCAAGCCCUCUCCAUAACACUCAUUCUUCGUAAAGUCACCCAAGACCUCAAGUUUGUUAUCCUUUGGAAAAACUUCUAGUUUAUAAUCAUAAGCUUCGAAGAUGAAAUCAGACGAGCUGAUGCCCGAUUCGGCUGCGGCUACCAUUCCCGCCAACAAUAGCAUCGGCAACGGUAACAGCAGCGCUGCGGUUACAUGGAAUACCAAAAAGUUUAGGGACGACUAUGAUAUGCUCAAGAUAAGAUUAAGUGAUCAGAGAUUUAGCUCAACCAACUUCAGAGACCCUCUUAUGCCUUGUCCUCCCCAUCAUAGGCAAUACCCAGGACAUAACACACCUGCAGUGGAGAAGCGUUUGAAGGAGUUAAUAACCAGGAUUAGAGAUAGCCUUGGUGGUGAUAUCAGGUGAUACAUGUCUACCUAGGUAUCACAGGAGCACUGAGGAAUGGAAAAGGAUUACUGUGUUCAAGUUUUGGAAACACCUAGCAGGAGAAAAUACAUAGGCACUCAGAUCCAUCAAGGCUAAAGAGUAUGAUAUACACAUCCAAGAUCAAGUACACCUACCACUAGGCAUAAAGAGCCGCAUGUCUUCGCUAGCACAUGUACAACGAACUUCUGCACUUCAGGUCUAGAACAUCUCUACCCCCAGGUAGAUGAGAGAUCGAACAUGGUCACACCUAUCUCUAGUCAUAAAGUUG